CGCUUACUUGUGGGCAUGAGAAUACUUUUAUCGGACCUGUGCCUGUCAUAGAUGGAGCAUGGGAAUUGCCAUUGAGGGCUUCCAUCAUUUUAACGUAGUCAACUGGGUAGAGAUUCCUGAGUUAGGCACAAUCAAAGAUAAUUUAGUACUUUAAAAUGGCGCUUCCCAUGCGGUCACAGACGCUAUAAUGGCACGGAUACAAAGACAACUACUCUAUCGCUAUGGUCUGUUCACACGCGUAUAUGCCCAUGUACUACAUAUUAUUUCGCCUCCUCCCGCCUGCCUUCCAUCUUUGAGGACAUGUAUUUCCAUUGUUAGUGUUCACUUGACUAUCUUGUCGAUAUAAUAGACACUUCGAUUGGUGUCGCGUUCGAAACAACUGGUAACUCGGAUAUCUCCGACUUCAGUGUGUUCAAAACAAUUUGGAACUCGGAAAAAAACGAGCUCCGACUGGGAAAAAUCGAUUUGAACGGUCUUCCAACUCAGGAACUCGGACCUCUAAAUCUAGAGCGCAACCUGAAAAUCACUGACGUCAUGAUUUCACCUUGUAUUUUUCCAGUUUGACCUUGUAGUUCCCAGUUUAGAACGCAGCAUUAGAUCACAGGCCUGCGUCAUCAUUACGCGUUUUAUGUACACGGAAGUAGCCAGCAGAAAACAAAAAACAGGAAGAUAACAGAAGUCCAUCUGGGUGUUGGUGUGGUGAGUUAUGCCCCAGAGAGGAUGGGUCAGACCCUGUGUAUCUGUUCCCGCGGCUCCAUCACCAUCGACAACAAAAGAUACUACUUCAUCCAGAAACUAGAUGAAGGAGGGUUCAGCUAUGUGGACCUGGUGGAGGGGGUGCAGGACGGGCGUUUCUACGCCCUGAAGAGGAUCCUGUGCCAUGACCGGGAGGGUCGCCAAGAGGCUCAGACGGAGGUGGAGAUGCACCGUCUCUUCAGCCACCCCAACAUCCUGGGCCUGGCAGGGCACACCUUCAUAGAGAGGGGGGGCAAGAGUGAGGCCUGGAUACUGCUGCCCUACGUUCAGAAGGGCAGUCUGUGGUCAGUGCUAGAGAAGCUGAGGGACAAGGGCAGCUUCAUGCCAGAGAGACGCAUCCUGAAGGUCCUACAGGGCAUCUGUUCUGGACUGAAGGCCAUGCAUGACAGAGGCUACGCACACAGAGAUCUGAAGCCUACCAAUGUACUCCUAGAGGAGGAUGACAGGCCGCUGCUGAUGGACCUGGGUUCUAUGAACCGCUCCAGGAUGGAGGUCAAGGGGACCAGGGAGGCCAUGACAGUACAGGACUGGGCAGCUCAGAGGUGUACUAUAUCGUACCGCGCCCCUGAGCUUUUUAAUGUGGAGAGCCACUGCGUCAUCGAUGACCGUACAGACAUCUGGUCUCUGGGCUGUGUACUGUACAGCAUGAUGUUCCUGGAGGGGCCCUAUGACAUGGUGUUCCAGAAGGGAGACAGUGUGGCCCUUGCUGUCCAGAACCCAGUUACUAUCCCUCAGCCCUGCAGUUACUCUGAAGGCCUGCAGAACCUGCUGAGCUCCAUCAUGGUGUCCAACCCCCAGGAAAGACCCGACGUCAACUGGAUCCUGGACCAGAUACAGGACAUGACAUGUUCCAGCCCCAACACACAGACCAAUAUGGUAUGAUGCUUCUGAUCGGGGAACCAUGGCAAGCCUGGUUCCUCUCUGGUUACAACAUCUGUAGGUGAUGAACUUUAUGACCUCUGGACUGUUGUAAUGGCGACCCUGACCUCGUCGUUUUCCUCUAGUCUUAGAAGCUCAGGGGAUCCUACCCCAUACACACACACCCGCUAUUUCUGCAGUUGAAACCACAUAGACUUACGUCACAAGUCCUCACUGUCCUCUAUAUGCAUGUACAACAAUAUGCUCCUACACAGUGUCGGUCAACUCCACAUCCAGCUCCCCUUGGGGACAUUGAGAUUUGCGUGGAGCCAUUUUAUGACUGCUAGUGAAUAGGAAACCCCAUGGGUUAAACUAUCAUCAGACACUAUGGUUGAAGGGGGCACCGGACCAGGAAAAGGACCUAUGGUAAAUUCCAGACAGACGGUUUCCAUGGAAAUGUACUCGGCCAUAUCUUAUAUCAGCUUCAAAGGGAUUUUAAUAAUAACUUGAUUCCAGACCUGGGUUCAAUACAUGAGUAUUUGUUAUUUAAAUACUUUUUCUGUAUAUUUGAGUAUUUUCAAAUACACAGCCCAAAUGUUAUUUAUUUAUUUGAGUAUUUGAAUGGUUAUUUGUAAAAACCAAAUAGUCGACCAAAUUGUAUUUGAAAGUAUUUUCAAAUACUAUUUUAAAAUACCUGGGUUAAAUGCAUGGGAGUGUAUUUGAGUGUUUUCACAUACUUUCCAAGUGUAUUUCCAAAUACAUUCCAAUAUUCAUCUACUUGUUUUUUCAAAUAACGGUUAUCUGAUUGUUUUGAAAUGUAUUGAAAAGCAAUUGAAAUACCUGAAAUAGUAUUUUGAACCCAGGUCUGCUUGAUUCAUCCUUAUCACAUCUGAACUUCUCUCAAGUCCAUCAGAACUUUAUUUAUUUGUCAUCAUCACAUAAUGCUAUACUGUAACAAUUCUCUAUUUUGCAUUUGUGACACGUUCAUUUAGGCCUGUAUGUAUUUGGCAAUACCUCACCUGAUUCUGUUUUGAGUGUCAAUAGGAAGAUAAGUUCAUCUGGUUUUAACUCUCUCAGCAGGUUUUGCUCAGUUAACUCUCACUACAGUUGCUUGAUAGGAACUUUUUAAUGGUUUCUUUUUAAACUAUUAUUUUUGUGUGUGCAUCUAUUUAAGGAGCAAUGAUUUAUUUGUCUAUGUAUAUACUAUAUGAAUGUUUUAAGUAAGCCAAUGAAGUUGGAAUGCAGGCAUUAUUGAUGAUUUCAAUGGAACAAUGUAGAAUGUACUGGAACUAUAAAUGGUUGUUGUUGGCCA